AUGGAGCGCGACAGACCGUCCUCCUCAAUCUUCCUCGACCUGCCCCCGACGUCGUCCCAGGUCGACGGCAGCGAGGAUGAUGGCGACCACCACGUGCUCCCCUACAUUUCACGCAUGCUCAUGGAGGACAGCAUCGUCGACAAGUUCUUGUGCCAGUAUCCUGACCACCCCGCGCUGGUCCAGGCCCAGCAGCUCUUCUCCCACAUCCUCUCUGACGCCUCCUCCUCCGUCCUCGCCGAACAGCCCUGCAACUUCGCCGAGCUCUUCUCUGUGCAGUCAUCGGCCCCGGCGCCCGCCGCUGCCGCCGUGCUGUCCGUCGCCCAAGGCAGCAACAUCGAGGAUACGGCCUUCUUCUUGAAUGGCAUGGCCACGGACGCGGUGGAGUCCAUUAAUAGCUCGCUGCCAGCAGAGAGCACCGGCUGCUGCAUGGACGUGGUGAGCAUGGCGUUCUUCAAAGGCAUGGAGGAGGCCAGCAAGUUCUUGCCGAGCGACGCCAUGACGGUGGGCGGUGGUGGUAGAGGCCAGAAGAAGAGGCUUGACGGAGACGACGACGAGGCAGAGCUCGGCAGCACCAUGGGCAGGAGCAGCAAGCAGAUGGCGACCGCCGCCGACGGCGAGGAGUCGGAGGAAGCUGCCGCGCGCGAGAUGCUGGACCAGCUGAUGCUCAACGGCUGCGUCCCAAGCGCCGCCGACAUGCAGGAGCUACGCGCCGCCACCACGGAGAUGGAGAAGGCGCCGCGCGGGAGGCGCGGCACGGGCGCGGCGGUGGACCUCCACACCAUGCUAAUGCGUUGCGCGGAGGCGGUGGCGGCCGGCGACCGGAACGGUGCGGCCGACCUCCUGGAGCGGAUCCGGCGCCACUCGUCGCCGGCGGGGGACGGCGCGCAGCGGCUGGCGCACUACUUCGCGGCGGGUCUGGAGGCGCGGCUGGCUGGCGGCACGGGGAGCCGGCUCUACCGGUCGCUCAUGGUGCGGCGCAGCUCCCUCUCGGACUACCUCAGGGCGUGCCAGCUCUACAUGGCCGGGUGCUGCUUCGUCCCCGUGAUCUUCCUCUUCUCCAGCGAGACCAUCUGCAGAGCCGUUGCGGGGAGGAAGAAGCUGCACAUCGUGAGCUACGGCUUGGGCCGCGGGCUCCAGUGGCCCGACGUGCUGCGCAGGCUCGGGAACAGGGACGGCGGGCCGCCGGAAGUGAGGCUCACCGGCAUCGACUCCCCGCUGCCGGGGUUCCAGCCAGCCGAGCUCGUCGAGGAGACGGGUCGCCGGCUCAGCGACUGCGCGCGCCGGUUCGGCGUGCCGUUCAGGUUCCGAGCCAUCGCAGCGAGAUCAGAGGAUGUCGUUGCAGAUGGCCUCGACAUUGAUCCCGACGAGGUGCUCGUCGUCGUCGAGAGCACGUUCCAUUUCAGGUCCUUGAUGGACGAGGGCGGCGUCGUCACCGUCGACGGGAGGAACACGAACCCCAUGGACACGGUGCUCAACACGAUCAGGGAGAUGAGGCCGUCCGUGUUCAUCCACGCCGUCAUCAACGCAUCGUACAGCACCGCGUUCUUCCUGACGCGGUUCCGCGAGGUGCUCUACCACUCAACGGCGUUGUUCGACAUGAUGGACACCGUCCUGCCCCGGGACGACGACAGGAGGCUGCUGCUGGAGCGGGACGUCCUCGCGCAGUGCGCCGUGAACGUCAUCGCCUGCGAGGGCGAGGACCGGAUGCACCAGCCUCGAAGCUACAAGCAAUGGCAGGCGAGGAGUCGGCGCGCGGGGCUGCGGCAGCUGCCAUUGGACCGUGGCAUUGUUCAGAUGCUCAAAGACAAGGUGAAGGAGGAGUAUCACAAGUGUUUCGAGAUCAGCGAGGAUCAGCAGUGGCUUCUCCAGGGAUGGAAAGGGAGGGUGCUCUACGCCCUCUCCACGUGGACGGCAGGCGAUGACUUGGCAUAG